GUAAAUAAUAAUUACCAUCACUUUUUAAUUAUUUUUUUUUUUAAGAAUGCAUAUGAAAUGUAAUAAAUUAUUUCAACAUGUUUACUCCUAUUAAUUCAGACAGAAAACACAGUUUUUCACUUUAUACAUAAAAAAAAGUAUCAAACUGAUACAAUUGAAAAGUCAAUUGUCAAGAAUAAUGUGCAGCCAUUUUGGGUUGCAAGUAAACACACUUAAUAUCUAGACAUGGUUAUUAAGACUUUAGGCUUUUUGAAAGAUUUAAGUUAUGAAAAUUUGAUUUAUCAUUAGUUUCUUGAAAUUUGUGUGGUAAAAAUAUAAACAAAUCUAUUACAGAUACUAUACAAAUUUUGAUCAAAUAUGAUGCAUACGCCUAUUACAAAGUCUGUCAAAAUGACUAUCUUACAUGCAUGAAAUAUAUCUGUUAAAAUGAUCAUUGAACUAACAAAAUUCUGUGACCAAAAUUGUGGAUAUCAAUAUAUAAAACAAUUACCAGUACUAAAAUGACGAAGAAUGUACACUGAAUUUAAAAAAAAUAUUUUUUAAUGAUAAACUCCAAUGUCGGUCAAUUCCGUAAUAGGCGUAUAUAUGAUCAUAACUUUUCAAAAACUAUCCGGAGAACGUUUUUAUCCCCUGUCAUAUUUACCCGAGUCCAGUUUUAUGCGUGCUACGUCAUCGAAACUUGUUUAUAUUGGGAACACCAUGCGGUUAUGGAGUCUCAUUGCCUCCGAAAGCGCAAAGCAAAAGAACCGAUCAUAUCACCAUCAACAAGUCGACUGACUGCACUCACUGCAGCUGAGAGAGCUAAAAGGUAUCGAGAUCAGAAAAAAAAUGAUCCAUACUUCAAAGAAAAAGAAAAACUUAGAAAAAAAAUUGCUUGGGCCCAGAGGACGGACGAGCAAAAGGAAAGAAAUAGAAAACAGAAUAGAGAGAAUCAGCAAAGAUACCGUGAACGAAAGAGGGAGAAGGGGAUUGAAUCGAAACAGAAAUGUUCUAAGGUACUGACAAGAAAUGAAAGAGAAAAGCAAAGACAGUAUUGGAGAGUUAAACAAAAAGAAUCACGGGAAAGAAGGCAUCCACAAAAAAUUAGAAGAAAGAAAGAAAAAGACAGAGAGAGGCAAAGGAAAAAAAGAUUUAACAUCAAACUUAAAGCCAUGGAGAAAAAAAUUGAGAAGACUACCCCAAAUACAUGUAAAAUCAAAAUUAAACAAGCAAUUAUCAACAGCAUUAAAGAUAAUGCAAAAGCGAGAAAAAUAGCUGCUAAAAAACUUGCCUCUUUGAAAAAAAUGCGCUUAAACAAAUAUGCAACAACAUUUCUAGGAAUAAGCCAGUCGUACAUGAGCAAACUCUCAAGACACUCACAGGAAGAUAGCCCCAAAAGAAAAACAAGAAAAGACAAAACCUCAGCUGAGACUACAGGAACCAUAGUUAACUUCUUUAGACAAGGAGAUAUUUCAACUAACCUACCAGAUUCAAAAAGAAUUAAAUCCAAUCUUGAGGAAAGAAGGGUGCUCAACAAGACUUUGAAAGAAACCUAUAGAGAAUAUAGAGAAAGUAACUUAGAUGUGGUAGGUUUUUCCACAUUUGCCCGGUUGAAACCCUGCAAUGUAGAGACCACUUGUAAGAGAAAAUGGAAUGCAUGUUUGUGCGAGAUGUGUACUAAUGUUGACCUGAAAAUCUAUGCCUUAUCACAGCUGGCAGCAAAAUUUAAAAGUAAUGUAAAAAUUGACAGCAAAUAUGAAGCAGUAGAAAAGACCCUGUGUGAAAGGGGCAAUGAGAAGUGGCACAAAAAAAAUUGCAUCCAGAGGGAAUGUGUUGCUUGUGGUACUGAUGGGGUUGUAUCUUUCUUUACUCCACUCAUGCGAGAAACAUCAAACCAAAAAAUUAAAUACAUUAAGUGGGAACGAAUGACCAAAGAAAAGAAUGGAAAACAAGUAACACAGAUCAUGCCAAAAACUUACGAAAAAAGUGCCACUGAGGUUGUUUUGGAUCUUGCUAAAGAGCUGGACAAACUAGCAGCCCAUUUAUUUGUUGCUGCUUGGCAACAAAAUCAGUUCUCGCAGCUUCUAAAGAGUGUGCCUUCCCACUGGGUCAUUCUUAACAUGGACUUCUCCGAGAAUUAUUCAUGUGUAAACCAAAACGAGGUCCAGAGUGCCCACUGGGGCCAUAACAAUAUAACGAUACACCCAGCUGUAUCUUAUUACAGAUGUCCAAAUGAAAACUGUAACGACACAAUACAGGAGUCUCUGAUAUUUGUGUCAGACGAUCUAGUACAUGAUGCGCAUGCAGUAGCAACAUUUGUUGCUAAAGCAAAUGAACAUUUGCAGAACAAAAGAGGAUUGAUAAUUGAAAAACAAAUUCAGUUUACUGAUGGAUGUUCUGCGCAGUAUAAAUCCAAAACUCCCUUUACAGAUAUAUCAUACAGCAAAGAGGACUAUGGGUUUGUGGUUGAAAGACACUUCUACGGUUCACGCCAUGGGAAAGGGCCCUCGGAUGGUGCCGGAGCAGUUGUAAAGUCAGGAGCAAGAAGAGCAGUUAUGGGCAUGAAUGUUGUUAUUAACAAUGCAGAGGAUCUUUAUAACUUUGGGAAGGAAAAGCUUGAAAGCACAGAAGAGAAAACUGACCAUUUACAUCACAAAAGGACUUUCUUCCUCAUUGAAAAUAUCGACAGAAACCGCCCAGACAGAAGCAAAACAAAGACUGUUCCUGGAACUCGAAAAUUGCAAUGUAUUAAGUCGACAGAAGAAAAGUAUUCUCUCCUGACAAGAAACCUGUCUUGUUUUUGUCAAGUAUGCGUAGAUAACACAGCAGAUGAAAUUCAGUGUGAAAAUUCUGAACUUGUGGAUCAGUGGACUUCUCAGGAAUUACACCAUACUGCUGUGGGAAAUGAUGUUCGUCAAACCAGAGGGAGGGGUAGAAAUGCAGGAACAAGAGGAGCAAGGGCUAGAAGGGGUGAUAGAGGUUUAAGGAAUAGAGGAGGAGGAAGGACAAGAGAGGAAGAUAGAGAUCUAAGAAUUGGAGAAGGAGGAAGAGGAGUAAGGACUAGAGGAGAAGAAAGAGGAGCAAGGACAAGAGGGGAAGAUAGAGAUCUAAGAAUUGGAGAAGGAGGAAGAGGAGUAAGGACUAGAGGAGAAGAAAGAGGAGCAAGGACAAGAGGGGAAGAUAGAGAUCUAAGAAUUGGAGAAGGAGGAAGAGGAGUAAGGACUAGAGGAGAAGAAAGAGGAGCAGGGACAAGAGGGGAAGGAAGAGAUGUAAGAAUUGGAGAAGGAAGAGGAAUAAGGACUAGAGGAGGAAGAGGAGUAAGGACUAGAGGAGUAGAGAGAGGAGUAAGGACUAGAGGAGGAAAAAGUAGAGGAGUGAGAACUAGAUCAGAGACAAGAUACAGUUCAGAAAGUGAAGAGUCCUUUGUAGAAGAUUCUGAGGUUUCCGAUCAUUAUUCCAUGCAGUCGAGUCCUUUCAGCGAAAGUGCGUCUGUGCAACAAGACAGUGAUGAGAGUGAUGAUAUUUUACCGAACAUCUCGGGACUCUCAGCCAUAAUUGCUUCUCUUGACAAGGAUGAUGGCUCUUUAUCCCCUGUCUUCCUGCAUGAUGUAGAGGAACCUGUCCUCCCUUUCAUAGAGGAACCUGUCCUCCCUUUGGUAGAAAAACCAACAUGUCAUAUGGUAGAGGAACCUGUAUUCCCUUUGGUAGAAAAACCAACAUGUCAUAUGGUAGCGGAACUUGUCCUCCCUUUGGUAGAAAAACCAGCCAUAAUUGCUUCUCUUGACAAGGAUGAUGGCUCUUUAUCCCCUGUCUUCUUGCAUGAUGUAGAGGAACCUGUCCUCCCUUUCAUAGAGGAACCUGUCCUCCCUUUGGUAGAAAAACCAACAUGUCAUAUGGUAGAGGAACCUGUAUUCCCUUUGGUAGAAAAACCAACAUGUCAUAUGGUAGAGGAACCUGUCCUCCCUUUGGUAGAAAAACCAACAUGUCAUAUGGUAGAGGAACCUGUCUUCCCUUUGGUAGAAAAACUAACACGUCAUAUGGUAGAGGAACCUGUCCUCCCUUUGAGGAACCUGUCCUCCCUUUGGUAG